CUGGGAGGAUGGCACAAACCGAGGUGACAACGGUCUCUAUGGGGGACCUAGUGGUGGUGAAGGCUACUGAUGAAGAGAAUGGUGAUGAUGAGGACAGCAACACACAGGUCAUCCUCCAGCUACAACCAAUCACAGCAGGUAUGGAUGAGUCAGGAGAGACAGACACAGCUGUGGAGGCACACCCAGAAGCCACAGUUGAUGGGGAGGAGGUAGAGCUGGGUUAUCCCAUCACAUGUGGAGAGUGUAAAGCUGUGCUGCUGGUCAAGAGGUUUGUCUGUCCUGGAAUAAACGUCAAAUGUGUCAAGUAUGAAGACCAACUGAUCAGUCCCAAGCAGUUUGUCCACAUGUCUGGGAAGGCUACACUGAAGGACUGGAAAAGAGCUAUCCGGAUGGGAGGGGUCAUGCUCAGGAAGAUGAUGGACUCGGGUCAGCUAGACUUUUAUGAACACAGCACUCUGUGCACCAACACGUGUCGUAGCACCAAGUUUGACCUGCUGAUCAACAACACACGCUUCCCCCCUGACGGCAGCGGACUCACCAUGCCCAUCUCCUCACAAGCCCAGGUGGUGAUAGGUAAUGGUGGCCAGGUUGCCAUGACAACAGAGGAGAGGUCAGAUGUUCUGACUGGAACAAUGGAGUGGAGUUCAGGGGCUGUAGCCAUGGAGACAGAGAAGAAGGAAACCAGUGAGAUAUCAGAAGAGACAUUGAACUUCUGGAAAGGCAUAGCUGACGUGGGCCUGAUGGGGGAGGUGGUAGACAACAUCAGGACAGAGCUGUUGGAGAUGCUGAGAGGAGUGCAGCUACGCAGCGAGCAGGCUGCUCUGCAGGACGCGGAUUCCUGUCUGGUAGAGGUGGCAGUGUUGAGUAACCUGGCCCAGGUGUUUGGCCUGCUGGACUCAGUCAAACACAUCCUGAAUGUAAGGAGAGAACAGACUGACCCUGGAGAGGAGCAGGUCAUUAGCACACUGACCAACCUGGAGCUGCAGCUGGAGGAACAGAGACGACAGCAGCACUUCAGAGCUCAGCUCUGCCACCCCCAGCCCGACAACAACAUCAGUCACACCCCAGGAGGCAAACCCACCAAGGCCAAACGACCUCGCUUGCAACGGCCAGCCUCCACCACCCUCCUCACCUCUUCCCUCUCCCAGCCACAGACAGCCACCCUGCAGCCCCAGCAGUUCACUGUACUUUCCCCCAUUUCAUUCUCUUCCAUGGGCCAGCCCUUCUCCCUGUCUGGCUUGUCUGGCCUGUCAGGCCUCCCCAUGGCCACGCUGGGUCAACAGAACAACACGGUGACCCUCCACACUUUACCCGCUGGCACCCAGACCUUCACCCAAUACAUCACCACCAUGGUUGGGGCCGACGGCAAGACAGAGACCUUGACCCUCCAACCAUCCCAAGGUCUGACGCUGGUGGGCACCACCCUCCAGGACCCAAGUCAGCUGGGAGGAACCAUGAUGAGUCCCUUGGAGCUGGUCCAACUCACCCAGGGAGGGGUGACUGUCAGUGGGGAGAUGAUGGUUGAGCAGCCCAUGGGCCAAGUUGUGGAGAGUGGGCCAAUGGUACUCCACCAGGAAGGGAUGAUACAGGAGGGAUUGGUGGAGGGACUAGAGGACAAGAGCCAUGCACAAACGACAGUGACCGAGAUUGACCCUGCUCUGGUUGACCAGACCAUGGGGGCGGUGAUGGAGCUACAGCUGGCCCAAGAAGGAAAGGCUGAGGUUGGGGAGGAGGGUUCCGCCAUGGUCGUCCAUGGUGGGAUGGAUGUGACCAUUGUCUCGGAGGAGGGGAAGGGAGGGGAGGGAAUGGUGGUUCAGGGGGAGGUUCUCGAAGCUGGGCAGCAGAGCCAGGUAGAAGGGGUAGAGCUGGAUGCUAACGGGCAGAUCUCAUGCCUAAGGAUAAUGGUGAUCGAGGAGGAGACUCGGGAAGAGGACCAGGCCAAAUGACCCAGCUCUGCUCUGCAGACAGAGACAAUACCCUCUCCUCUCCAUGUUGCCAUGUGAGACAGUAGGGAUGGACUAGCCUGGUUCCAGAUAUGUUUGUGCGGUCUUGCCAACUCUCUGUGACAAUGAUCAUAAGAUCUGGAAAAACAGCACAAACAGAGGGUGGACUCAUUGACAGAACAUAAAAGAGCAUGCAGGCAGACUUGUGGUGUGAGUAAGUGUUUGGAGUAUGCUAUUAACACAGAGAGAUGCCAAAGACCUUGCCUUCUUAGAGAAGCUGUGGUCCUUAGCAGCUAGGCCAGGGUGUCCAUUAUUUUCAUUGUUGUUUCGGUCAUUUUUAUCAAAAUGACAACACAGCCAGGCACGGUAUCUUAUGUUGUUUGUUUUGUAACACGUGUGUUACCCUUUUGGGGUGUGUGUGUGGGGGGUGGGGGGGGCGCUAGAGGUCUACUGUGGGAUGACAGCAACAGUUCUAAAACAAAGUCUGCUCUAUAUUUCUUUCAUUAAAUAGAAAGCAUACCACUCCUCCUCUGUGCAGCUUUUGGGAUUAAGUAUUUUCUGCAGUUUUUGUAAAACAAAACAAAGAUAAUAUGUUGAGCUCACUGUUGUCAGUUCUGUGAAUCGACACAUUGUAUUCUUCACUGGAAGCCUUUUCUUUUCAAGAUUUGCAUAAUUUUUCACAUGAUUGUCUGUAUGGCGAUAAAUGCAGUAGAUGUACAGUAUCAGUCAAAAGUUUGGACACACCUACUCAUUCAAAGGUUUUUCUUUAUUUUUACUAUUUUCUACAUAGUAGAAUAAUAGUGAAGACAUCAAAACUAUGAAAUAACACAUGGAAUCAUGUAGUAACCAAAAAAGUAUUAAACAAAUCAAAAUAUAUUUGAGAUUCUUCCAAGUAGCCACCCUUUGCCUUGAUGACAGCUUUACACACUCUUGACAUACUCUCAACCAGCUUCACCUGGAAUGCUUUUCCAAGGAGUUUCCACAUAUGCUGAGCACAUGCUGAGCACUUGUUGACUGCUUUUCCUUCACUCUGCGGUCCAACUCAUCCCAAACCAUCUCAAUUGGGUUGAGGUCGGGUGAUUGUGGAGGCCAGGUCAUCUGAUGCAGCCCUCCAUCACUCUCCUUCUUGAUCAAAUAGUCCUUACACAGCCUGGAGGUGUGUUGGGUCAUUGUCCUGUUAAAAAGAAAAUGAUAGUCCCACUAAGCUUAAACCAGAUGGGAUGGCGUACCGCUGCAGAAUGCUGUGGUAGCCAUGCUGGUUAAGUGCGCUUGAAUUCUAAAUAAAUCACUGACAGUGUCACCAGCAAAGCACCAUCACACCUCCAUGCUUCAUAGUGGGAACCACACAUGCAGAGAUCAUCUGUUGACCUACUGUGCUUCUCACAAAGACACGUCGAUUGGAACUAAAAAUCUAAAAUCUGGACUCAUCAAACCAAAGGACAGAUUUCCACUGGUGUAAUGUCAAUUGUUUGUGUUUCUUGGCCCAAGCAAGUCUCUUCUUAUUAUUUAGUAGUGGUUUCUUUGCAGCAAUUCAACCAUGAAGGGCUGAUUCACACAGUCUCCUCUGAACAGUUGAUGUUGAGAUGUGUCUGUUAUUUGAACCUAUCCUCUGCUGCAGAGGUAACUCUGGGUCUUGCCAUAAUAUGGACUUGUUAUUUUACCAAAAAAGGCUAUCUUCUGUAUACCACCCCUACUUUGUAACAAUACGACUGAUUGGCUCAGACACAUUAAGAAGGAAAGAAAUUCUACAAUUAACUUUUAACAAGGUACAUCUGUUAAUUGAAAUGCAUCAUUACCUCAUUACCUCAUGAAGUUGGUUGAGAGAAUGCCAAGAGUGUGCAAAGCUGUCAUCAAGGCAAAGGAUGGCUACUUUGAAGAAUUGUUAAACACUUUUUUGGUUAUUACAUGAUUCCAUAUGUGUUAUUUCAUAGUUUUGAUGUCUUCACUAUUAGUCUCCAAUGUAGAAAAUAGUUUUAAACAAUUAAGAAAAACCCUUGAAUGAGUAGGUGUGUCCACUGGUACUGUAUAUGCAAGUUCCAUAGAGAACAACACAUUUCUCUCCAUUGCAUUUUCUUUCUCUGUUUAUGAUUUUUAGUGUGUGGUUAUUUUGCCUCACAAGUUUAAUAGAUAUAAAUGGACCUAAAGUUAAAGUAUGACUAAGAUGGUUAUUUAUGUAAGUCAAAGUAGAAUAACAGGGACUCCAAUGUCAAGCUGAACAAAAUGCUGUUAACACUUUAGGAAGGGGUUAUACAUACGGCAUUCAUAACACCUUUAUGAAACCAUUCAUAACAAUUCACUAGCCUACGGAUAUUGUUGCACUCAUUUUGUCUAGGGGUCCUAGGCGUAGUUACAUGGUCUGUAACCUGAAUUAAUAUUUGCAUUUAUGUGAGAAAUCAGUGUUUGAGGCGGCAGGUAGCCUAGCUGUUGAAGGCGUUCGGACAGUAACAGAAUGGACGCCGGUUCAAAUCCCUGAGCCAACUAGGUGAAAAAUAUGCCGAUGUGCCCUUGAGCAAGGCACUUAACCAUAAUUGCUCCUGUAAGUUGCUUUGCAUAAGAGCGUCUGCUAAAAGACUAAAAUGUAAAGCGUGCAGUAUCAUUCAUAACAACCGUCAGAAUGUUUUACCCAAACCGCUGCCCAGCCUAGAACAAAACUAAAGUUCUUACUUUGUUUUCUUUACUCAUAAUAACAUGCAAGGUUCCAUGAUCCUGAUUGCUGUCAGACACAGAAGUGCAGUGUUGAGACAGAAAUGAAUACAU